CCAAUUAAACAACAGAAGAAGAAGACCUUCUCAGUCCAGAGGUCCCGGUCGAACCGAAAGUAGGAAAUCCAGGACACAGUUCGUCGCGUGCGGGAGUCAGCACGAACUGAAAAUGGGCAGGUGUGUCACGGUAGCGACGUGCUCGUUAAACCAGUGGGCUCUGGACUUUGAAGGCAACUUGAACCGAAUCCUGAAAAGUAUUGAGAUCGCCAAAGCUCAUGGAGCCAAAUACAGACUGGGUCCAGAACUGGAGAUAUGCGGGUACGGCUGUGCGGACCACUUCUACGAGUCAGACACACUGCUGCACAGCCUUCAGGUCCUGAAGGCUCUGCUGGAAGCUCCAGCUGCUCAGGACAUCAUCUGUGAUGUUGGGAUGCCCAUCAUGCAUCACAACGUGCGCUAUAACUGCCGCGUCCUGUUUCUUAACAGAAAGAUUCUUCUCAUCAGACCUAAGAUGCUGAUGGCCAACUCUGGCAUCUACAGAGAGAUGCGCUGGUUCACAGCGUGGGACCGUUUAAGGCAUGUGGAGGAGUACUUCCUGCCCCGAAUGAUCCAGGAGGUGACUGGUCAGGACACCGUCCCGUUUGGUGACUGUGUCCUGUCAACCAAGGACACUUGCAUCGGUACGGAGAUCUGUGCAGAGCUCUGGAGUCCCAACAGCCCCCACAUUCAGAUGGGCCUGGAUGGGGUUGAAAUCUUCACCAAUUCUUCUGCUAGCCAUCAUGAGCUCCGCAAAGCAGAUCAAAGAGUCACCCUGGUCAGGUCAGCCACCACCAAGAGUGGAGGUAUAUACCUGUAUGCCAACCAGAGAGGCUGUGAUGGAGACCGUGUCUACUAUGAUGGGUGUGCUAUGGUGGCUAUCAAUGGAGAUGUAGUAGCACAGGGGGAGCAGUUCUCCCUCAACGAUGUGGAGGUGAUUCCAGCGACUCUGGAUCUGGAGGACGUCCGUACUUACAGAGGAGAGCUGUGUCAGCCACAAAUGGGACGUGAACUCAGACCAUGUUUUAGGGUCAAAGUUGACUUUUCUCUGUCUGGCAGUGCUGAUCUCUACCUCCCCACCCAUCAGCCUGUACAGUGGCACUUCCAUACUCCAGAGGAGGAGAUAAGUCUAGGGCCUGCCUGCUGGCUGUGGGACUAUUUGAGGAGAAGUGGACAGGCUGGCUUUCUGUUGCCUCUGAGUGGCGGUGUUGAUAGCUCCUCCACAGCCUGUAUAAUCUACUGCAUGUGUGUCCUGCUGUGCCAGGCUGUCAGGAAGGGAAACAGCCAGGUGCUAGAGGAUGUCCGCAGAGUUGUUGGAGACGAGUCCUACACCCCCCAGCAUCCGGAGGAGCUGUGUGGGCGUAUCUUCACCACCUGCUACAUGGCCAGUGAAAACUCCUCAGAAGGAACUUGCAGCAGGGCUCGAGAACUGGCCAGCCAGAUUGGCAGCACACACUUGAACAUUAAUAUUGACCUGGCAGUGAAAGGCAUUCUGGGUAUCUUCUCUGCGGUUACUGGAAGGUGGCCUCAAUUCACUGCAAAGGGAGGAAGCAUCAGAGAAAACCUAGCUCUGCAAAAUGUACAGGCCCGACUCCGGAUGGUUCUGGCUUACCUUUUUGCCCAGCUGAGUCUGUGGACCCGCGGUAAGCCAGGUGGAUUGCUGGUUCUGGGUUCUGCCAACGUAGAUGAGAGCCUCACAGGAUAUUUCACCAAGUACGACUGCUCCAGUGCAGACAUCAACCCGAUUGGUGGAGUCAGCAAGACAGAUCUGAAGAGUUUCUUGCUUUAUUGUGCAGAGAAGUUCCAGCUUACUGCUCUGACAGGAAUUUUGGCUGCUCCACCCACAGCUGAACUGGAGCCUCUGACAGAUGGACAAGUGACUCAGACAGAUGAGGCAGACAUGGGCAUCACCUACUCAGAAUUAUCAAUGAUUGGACGACUGAGGAAGAUCUCCAAGUGUGGCCCGUUCAGUAUGUUCUGUAAGCUGAUUCACAUGUGGAAGGAUAUUCUCUCACCAACAGAGGUGGCUCAAAAGGUUAAACUCUUCUUCAGACGGUACUCAGCGAAUCGCCACAAGAUGACCACGAUAACUCCGUCCUACCACGCUGAGAGCUACAGUCCUGAUGACAACCGUUUUGACCUGCGACCGUUCCUCUAUAAUACACGCUGGCCCUGGCAGUUUAGGUGCAUUGACAACCAGUUGGCCCAGAUGGCACCAAAAGCCCCAAACCACUGAGAAGCUCCAGUCUUUGGUGCGAAGACGGUUCUGAGACUAGAGAUGAAGGCAAAAGAACCACAUUCUGGCGACCACGAAGCAGGAGUAGAGGCUUGCUCUUCGGAUCGGUUCACGGUCUUUGGAAUUUUGACUCCUGGGCCCUAUAGGUAAGAACAAUUUUUGUUCAAUUUUGGAGUUAUUCCGUUGAUUGUGAACUGGUCUGGGAGAAAAAACAUGCCCUGCUCAUAAUUUAGAAGUUAUAACAACAAGAGAAGGCAUUUGUCCAGAGCAGCGGUGAAAAAUGUUCACACAUGUGUGAAGUCAGCUGAGUCAUUUUGAUGACGGACAAAUUUUAAGUGACAAAUUAAAGGUGGGACAGCAAACUGGAAUAGAAUUUGAACAGCUGAUAAGGUUCUGAGAAAUCCAGUCUGCUGACUCGGUAGAGCAGAGACGGGGAUUUAAAGAUAACAGUUGAAGAAAAAGCGCUGAAGUUGUGACAGAGAUAAGCUUUGCUUGUAUUUCGGUCAAUUCCCCGGGGAGUGGUAAAUUUCAUGAGUUGAUGGCAAAGGCAUGUGAGGCCUGAUGAUGUCAUAGUUGCAGCAAAGAGGCUGUAAAAACAAGGUCCUGGAGCUCGGGGACUUUGAAAAGUUGUGUGUGUGCGCUGAGACCAGCGUGUGUGUGCUGAGACCAGCUGUGUGUGUGUGCGCUGAGACCAGCGUGUGUGUGUGAGACCAGCUGUGUGUGUAUGAGGCGCCAGAGGUUAGAAGGAGGAAAAAGAAAAAAAGAGAAAAAACUAGGAGAAGCCUUAAAAAAACGGUGUAAAACAGAUCAACAACAUUCACUGCAGUGCUAAAUUUGAUGUUUAAGGUUAUACAAAUUUCAAAGUCUGUGAUCUUGUUCUGAUAAGUCUUUAAGCAGAAAACCAGAAGUUAAAAUAAUAAGUUUUUAGAGUGACAUAUAUAUAUAAAUAAAAAUAUAUACUGAAGUGCACAAGCUUGAUAACUAUUUUUACCAGCUGGGUAAUGGGAAACAUGAGAAAUAUAGAUUAUGAUUAAUAAAUAAAUAAUAAUGUUUAUGUGUAUUGCGUGUUUGGCAUGAAAUGUUGCUCCAGUGUCAAACUGCUCUGAAGUGUGUUUUUCUCAUCUUUAUGCAAGUGUGAAAGCUCUGCUGUGUGUGGUUGUUUUACUCGUGGAAGUGUUUGACAAAAUAUGGAUGGUUUGUGUUAGGUUAGAUAAGAAAAAGGUUUGGUGAAAGCUCAAAUACUCUGAUUUUGUUUUAAACUAUUGCUUGGAUAAAUUAGAGAGAAACUGAUUUUUCUUCUGCUGAUUCGGUCUCUAUUGUGGUUGACUCUUUCCUGUAUUGUAAUGUUAUAAAGCUGUUUGAGAGUUGUUAAAUUCUGAAGGCUGAAUGAACGUGGGUGUCAUCAGCGUGUUUGUUUCUCCAUACAGACAACCUCAGCUGUCAGACUCUAAGCUUAGACUGGACAGGGGACCAGUGCAGAAGUGUAAGCUCCACCUACCAGCUGUGUGUGCGCUCCUUUCCACACACACACACAGACACAGAAGUACAGAAGCGAUCCCGCCUCUGACUCCACCUCUGUGUGUGGAUUGGUUGGUGAGCCAUAGGCAGGGGCGUAGCACCAAAUUCUGGGCCCUAGGUACAAGUCUUCUAGGUGGGCCCCCAUGCUCAAUUACUCACUAUCUCUCUUACACAUUUUUUGUCAUGCUAUAAGACAAGAUAAUGAAUAUGAUCUUAGUUUAACCUCUAUAUUGAGCAAAUACAAAUGCCAGCAUAAUAAAAGUGAAAUGCCCAGACUUCACAUAUAAUUAUUUUUAUUUGCCAACAAUGUGCUCAAACAAAAAUCCUGAAAUUUAUUUUCCAGUAAAUGCCCACUGAUGGGUCUUCAUGUUAGCAAAAUCACUUAUGAGAUCUUUAAAGUCCAAUCCUUUGGCUAAUUGGCUUUCAAUAGAAAGAAGAGCUAGGCUGUUCAGUCUAUCCUGGGACAUUGUUGAUCUCAAAUAAUUUUUCACCAGUUUCAGUUUGCUAAAAGCCCGUUCACCCCCAGCAACAGUCACAGGUAGUGUGCAAAAUAUCCUCAGUCCAAUACAAACUUCUCCAAAAAUGCUCUGUAAUUGCAUCCUGUAUGGCAUUAAGCAGCUCAAGAGGAGUAUGGGGUGCCAUUUGUAAAGUCAAACAGUCAUAAUCUUACAGCAAUAUUUUUGGUUAUUUAGCAUAUUAUAAGAGAUAAAAUUGGGAGUUCACUUUUUUGAAGUCAUAUUUUCACCAUGUUAUUCAUACAUUUAUAAAUGUUAAAGUUUCCAAAUAAAUAUUUAGUUAGCAAGCUAAAUAUUUAAUUUGUAGUUAAAUAUUUAUUUUGCAAACUAAAUAUUUAGGUCUGAUCUAAAUAUUUAGUUUGUAAAAUUAUUAUUUUAUUCACUAACUAAAUAUUUAAUUUACCAGUUAAAUAUUUAUUUUGGAACUAAAUAUUUAAUUUGUAAAUUAAAUAUUUAUUUUCCGAAAAUUUUUUUAGAUCCCAGCUAAAUAUUUAUUUUGGAGCUAAACAUUUACUUUGCAAAAUCAGUAUUUGAGAAAUAAAUAUUUAAGUCUGACCCAAAAAUAUAAAAUAUAGUGUGGAGCUAAAUAACAUUGUGGAAAAUAAAUAAUUAGCUGGUACUUAAACAUUUAGCUAAUAUGCUAAUUUGCUUUCCAAUAAGUGGAAGCUGGUUACCAAAAUAAAUGCUGGAUCUCGCUAACCUCUUUAUAAACUCUUGCUCCGAACCAAAACUUGUUUUAUCUCUGGUUCUAUUCUUCUUCAGCCAACACGUCGGACAUGUUCAGAAGAAUAGAACCGGAGAUAAUCUGGUUAAAACUGGUGUUACAACCACGAUUCAAAACAAUGUUUUGACCACAACUAAGACAAAUAAAAUCCCUGACAGUGUGACCACAGUUCCAAAUAAUGUUUUAACUACUAGCACUACUACUACUGUAAUCCCUGAUGUGUUGACUACCACAGCCCCGUUGAAGAGGGGAGGGCCGACUGGAGCUCUUCCUCUCUCUUACAGCCAGUGACUCCGCUGACUUUAAGACUUGAAACAACGCCAAUUAGCAAGCUGAGAAGCGUAACCACUAAGCCACCUGUUAGUACUACAACUCCCACAGGAGGUGUAGCUGUGAAAUCUGGUUUUCCCACAGCAACCUCUGGUAGUAACCAUGUUCGUAAUCUAACUCAAAAAGGACAAAAUGAACAAGAAGUGACCAAUCGCAAAGCUGUACCUAAGCCACUAUUUGGGCCGAUUAGACCUAGGUCCGGAAGCAACGCAGGACCUAUCUCCCCCAGAGUGAGCAGACCAUUGUCUAUAGAGGAUAGGCUUUGGGAUGCCGCCAUGCAAAAUAGUUGGUAUAAAUGGGCUUUGUAUACGACGAGAAAAAUGACUCCUAAUCACUGCAUAGUGUGCGCUCAAGCACCCGGAAUGUUACCUGAGGUUGUUCCAGAAAAGUAUAUUUCUAGUGAAUGUGCCAUUACACAACGACGCACAUGUAAGACUAAAAAGGAAAUAGAGAUAAAUAAACAGAUUCCACCUCUUCUUAAGCUGCCAAUGUGUGGACUCCAAUGCAGAUUGCUCCAUGGUACACGAGAUAAGUACAAAUAUGUUAAAAAUAUGCAGAAUAUAACAUCCUAGAGGAAUGUGCUGAGUUUGCAAUCCAAACAGACCAAAAUGGUCCUCCAACGGACUACAAAAUUGAUUAUAGUGCUGAUUAUGAAUGUUUUGCAAGUGGAGGUUUUGCUGACGAUGGAGGAGUGGACGUAGGUAAUACAUCUGUCAACUGUAACGUCACUUGGGUAUUAUCCUGGUUCCCGCAUGCAAAUAUGACGCCACUUCUCAUUGACACCCCUGUUUGGUAUGAAAACCCUGUAACUCUUAGUCAGGAUUGUGAUGACAUAUCGAUGACGAUUCCCACUCUGGAUCUCAUAGGUGAGCAAGACAUUCCAGUGGCCGACAGCUACUGGAUGUGUGGUGGUGAUGUUCUAAUGAAUGUUUUGCCAAGUUUUUGGGUUGGGUUGUGUACGCUAGUGCAUAUGCAAGUUCCAUUGACUAUCUUGCAUGAAGGUGUGAGUGAAUUACUUCAGUUGGAGACUACCAAUAGACGUAGGACAAAGAGGUAUGAUGUGUUUGAUCAUAAAGUGCAUUUAAACGCCAUAGGACUGCCAACAGGAAUUCCCAUAGAAUUUCAAGCAAGAGAUGAGGUAAUAGCUGGUUUAGAGUCAAUUCUUCCUUGGAUAACAAUAAAUAAGAAUGUGAAAUGGAUCAACUUUGUUUAUUUUAAUCAGCAAAGAAUCUUAAAUUACACAGUAAAUAACCUUGGCCUCUUGGGUGAACAACUUCAUGCCACAGUCAAAAUGACUUUGCAGCACGACCAGGCUUUGGACUGGUUGCUGGCCGAGAAAGGUGGGCUCUGUAAGUUUCUGAACUCCAGUGGGCAAGAAUGUUGCACCUACAUUCCAAGUAAUACGGCCCCUGAUGGUGCAUUUACUGAAGGUAUGAGGAAAUUGAAAGAUUUAAAAAUAGAGCUGAAGGAGAAUGCAGGCAGGGAAAGCUGGUCCUUAAGACUCCUUAGCCCUCAAAUUGGGUCAGUGGGGAGCUAUUUUGGUAAAAGCAGGAAUUAGUGCAAUAGUAGUACUAAUUCUGAUUUCUCUAUUGGCAUGUUGCAUCCUACCUGUUGUGAGGAGACUGUGGGAGCGAACUCUGGCUGCCCAAAUGAACCUUGCUGCGUCGUCUCAAUACGUGCAAAUGGAAAUGGCCGCAAUGGACUCAGCACGACACCCAAUGUGCCUGAAGAACGGGACGGCUGAUGGGACGGCGGUGGAGUAAUCUUUGCGUCUCAUCAGAGAUGUUGUUGUUGUGGUUACAUGUACUCGACUAAGGAAUCGGCCUCAAAGUCCUCUUCCAGCGACAAGACCCCUGCAGCAGUCAUCAAUAAAACUGAACUUGACUCUUGUGUUUUCUUCACUCCAUUUUUUUUUCCAGCUCUGCAACUGGGACUCUGACUCCGUUCUCUAUUUCGGUUGAGCAGUUGUGUUGCUACAUCAAGUAUACUCGUUACAAUUACUGUUGUGUUUAACUUUUUAUAGGUUUAGCCACAUGGUCAUCACCUAGUCGUUCGUUUGUAUCCACGUCAAUCAUUUAUUUCACAUGAGUUUGUAUUUUUUGAUUGCAUAUUCACGUACAGUUACUGGUCGCAAUAUUGCUAAGGGUAAUUAAUGCUCGAUCAUGCUUAUGAUUUUUGUUCUCUGUUGGAAGGUUUCAUCGGUUCAUUUUCUCUUAUGUGUGUUCUUUUGUUACUUCAAUGUUACCUAAUGUCUGCCAUAUACUUAGGCUAGACUUGUAUGCUCACUCUGUGCUUUAUGUGAUCGUCCUGUUUGGGCCAGGAGGUCAAGGGGGAAUUUUUCCUGUUAAGAACAGCGGACAGGUUUUUGCCCUCUUACCGUGUGUGCAUGCAUUUUGAUGUGUUACUGAGUUGGUUAGAGACGUCACAUUCCAUGUUGUGUCUUGCAGCUGAUACUUACUUCGUGUCUAUGUACUCAUCCAAGUGUUGGCUUGCAGUUACUUCGUCGUUACAUAUAUUCCUAUAUAGUUUGGUUGAAGUUUGUAGUGUAUUUGUCAUUUUGUCAUUUAACACCCAUUUACUGGUUUAUGUUAACAUUCAUUUAUGUGUUAUGUUAUAUGUUAUGUAGCCAGCUUGUUUAUGGUGGUGGACACCCCCAUGGGGGGGGGCUCUUUAGGAGCUAAAAUCAGUGUUCUGUAUGUACGUGCAGUCUGACAUCCUGUUUAUCAGUCCAGCUUCUGCAUACGUGCAAUUUGACAUCCUGUUGUUCAGUGUAAGCUUAUGUAACUUUCAGUAACUCUUAACUUCUUUGACCAUAUUGGGAAGUGAAACCAGCACACCAUCAUUUCCCGAAAUCAAAGGAAUGUGGGAGUAAGCGCCAGCAACACGAGUAUAACUGAUGCUGCGUGUUGAGGGAGAGAGGGCUUUUGCAGAAGGAUUCCAGCCGAGGCUCUUAGUUCCCGGCAGGAGGCUGUCCCAUGAGUUGUUGGUGAUGUAUGGCUGAAUUGUACAAAUAAAUGCCCCACGCUGUA